AAGAAAAGAAAAACUGAGAAGAGGAAAAUAAAAAAAUAAAAACCUUCCAUCACCCUCCUCCUUGGAUCUCUCUCUCUCUCUCUCCCUGAUUAAUUUCUGGAUAAUCAGCAACAUGAGACAAAGAAGUAUGAGUGGUUUAGACAUGGAGCAGCAUUCUCAAAGAUUUGUCCUCCCUCCAGAUAUCACUGUUUCUGGUUUCGAACCUUAUGACAACAACAACUCAAUGUUCUCGGGUCUUCCACAGUCUCAUUAUCAUCAUCAACGACCUUCGGAUCUUGGUCCAACCCCACCAAAUUUCUAUCACCCUUACGCGCCUUUCCAUGCUCCACCAUUAGCUCCUGGAAGUGUAGCUGGUGAAGGUACUUCCACUGAACAUGAGAGGGGUGCACAUGUUAUGAGUCACGGAUACAAAAGAAAGAGCACUCAAGUAAUGCCCGGAAAUUUUCAGUAUCUACCAAGCACUGCAGAAGCAGCAGCUCCCUGUUCUUAUCCACCGGAGACAGCACCUUUCUCAUUCCCACACUAUGGUACUACUUACCCACAACCAGUAGAUCAGAGAAGUGUGAGGAACAGAGCAGGAGUAGCUAUAAUGGAUCCUCCUCUCUCUCAUGGUCAUAAUAAUUUCAUUCAAGGAAGCUAUCCAGCUCAUCCUUUACCACAUCCUGGUUCAAUCUGGUAUGACCAACGUUUUAAUGGCAACACAUCUGAUGGAUCCUCUUCUUCGCUUUGGCCCCAACCACCCUAUGUACCUUAUAUGCAUGGUAACGUUGUUACUGCCCCCAUAGACUCUCGUAAUGUCUGCUUUCCGAGAUACAAUGAAACCUCUAGUAGCAGAAACCAAACACCAUUUGUAUACCCUAGACACAACCAUUUUAGCCAUCAUCCGGCACCACCUCAUCUUCCUCCCACCGUAUACCCUCACUUGGCUUCAGCCUCAUACAGUCAUGUGGGACCAGUUCAAUCAACUGGGUUUAGGAUAAACCCACAACAUCCCCAAGAUGGUUUUUUAUCUGCAGCGACUCUUCGACACAAUGGACUGCCUCGCUUUAGAGAAAUUCACACAGCUGAAGUUGCAGUGUUCGGGGAAGGAGGCUUCUACGAUGCUGUUGAUCAUCAUCAAGCCAUGCGCUUGGACAUAGAGGACAUGUCAUAUGAGGAGCUUCUUGCUUUGAGCGACCAUAUUGGCACUGUGAAGACUGGCUUAUCAGAAGAAGAUGUGGAAGGUCUUCUGAAAAUAAGAACUUAUUUAUCCACCAGAAUCAACCUGGAGGAAGCUCCAUCCACCGAUCUAGAAACAGAUUCUUGCACGAUAUGCCAGGAAAACUACAAGAACAAAGAUAAGAUCGUAACGCUGGAUUGCAGACACGAGUAUCAUGCUGCAUGUUUGAAGAAGUGGUUGGUUAUCAAGAACAUUUGCCCAAUCUGUAAAUCAGAGGCACUUGUCAUGGAAAAUAAGAGGGAACAAUAAAGUGUAGGAUGAAAGGUUUCUGCCGAUUCAACCUAAAUAGACGUUAUGGUUUUUAUAAGAGAAACAGAGUCAGGGCAAGGUUCAGCCCUUAAAAACUUCAGGGCUCAAAAUUUGUGUAACAGUCUAAAGCUGAGAUUGGCUUAGUGACUAUGAAAACUGUACAGGCUUCCAUGGUUCUUUGUAUAUUUGGUUACUACGCUGAAGUUUGUUUUGCCUUCUCUACCUAUAGCACCAUUCGUUUUCUUGUUCAUAGAUUGUAGAAUGAUUUU